UCAUUAGUUUCGUUGCCAGCGCGAAUUGUGGACGUGUGUGGAUACUUCAUUUUACGGCAAAUCCUCUUCCAGCAGCUAAAAGAAUUAUUUGUCGAUUGUGUGCUUCGCGCGACUCACAACAGUUCAAAAAUAAGUGUUUCAGUGAUAAAACGGAACAAACCGAUAUUUUCCUCAAAUCAAAAACAUUUGGAAAAGUGAAUUGUGAGUGGGUAAUACUGAAUUGAGCUGAAAAAUUCGGUGGCGAUGUCCGAAACGGGGUCGCCAGGCAAGACGCAGAAAGGUGGACAGCAGCAGCGUCGCCAAUUGCGCGAACGCAAACAACGUAAACUUUAUCUUGAAGAGUGGACAUUGGGAGAUGAUGAUUUGGAAGGGGCACGGGGAUUUAGCGUGUCAGAAAAAUUAGAAUCUUCGAAGUUUGCACAGACCAGUAUGGUUCGUGAGAUGCGUGGAAGUGAUUUGACUGUGGGCUUCCUUCAACAAUAUGGCUUCAAUAUUCCAUUAUUGUUUCGUGAAAAUGCAGGCUUGGGUUUACGUAUGCCUGAUGCCAAUGAAUUUACCGUGAAUGAUGUGAGGCUGUGCGUUGGAUCACGUCGUAUACUGGACGUAAUGGAUGUAAACACACAGAAAAAUCUACAAAUGACAAUGAAAGAGUGGCAACAGUAUUAUGAUAAUCCACAAAAAGAUCGACUACUUAAUGUAAUCUCGUUAGAGUUUUCCCAUACACGAUUAGACAAUUAUGUGCAAUGUCCGGAAAUUGUUCGGCAGAUCGAUUGGGUGGAUGUAGUGUGGCCAAAGCGUUUGAAAGACGCUCAAAAGGAGGGCACAAACGUACUGGGAGAAAUGAUGUAUCCAAAAGUACAAAAAUAUUGUCUUAUGUCAGUGAAGAAUUGCUACACAGAUUUUCACAUAGACUUUGGUGGCACUUCAGUCUGGUAUCAUAUUUUGAAGGGCAGUAAAGUAUUUUGGUUGAUACCACCAACAGAAAAAAAUUUACAACUAUACGAGAAGUGGGUGCUGUCCGGCAAGCAGGCAGAUGUUUUCUUUGGCGAUACAGUCGAAAAGUGUGCCCGGGUCUAUCUAACUGCGGGUAACACUUUCUUUAUACCAACUGGUUGGAUCCAUGCAGUAUACACUCCCACAGACACACUAGUAUUUGGCGGUAACUUUUUGCAUUCCUUUGGUAUUGUUAAACAACUUAAGACGGCGCAGGUGGAAGAUGCUACUAAAGUACCGCAAAAAUUCCGAUACCCUUUCUUCACCGAAAUGUUGUGGUAUGUCCUGGCACGUUAUGUUUAUACUCUUCUGGGUCACUCUCAUCUGGAAGGCGAACCUUCGGUAAGCGAGGAGGAAAUGGCAAAACGUCAUCAUGUACAUCUCACGCACUAUGAACUUUUUGGUCUUAAAGAGAUCGUCAUGUAUUUAUAUGAUUUGCCACCACAAAGAAAAAACGUACCAGAACUUGUGCGCGAUCCUGUGGCAUUGAUCAAGGACGUGCGUACGCUGGUGGAACGCCAUUGCAAGGAUAAGCCAGAGUUAGCAAUAACCGGUGAGUCGGUGUUGAAACCGCCCGGUCAGAUGCACCCGACAUUUCAGGUGUACGACCGCACGAUAGUCAAGCAGGAAAUCAAGGCAGAGAUUGCACGAAAAAAUUCAGAAAUCAUACGUGAACAACAGCAAUUAGAUGCAGCCAACGCAGCAAAUGCGGCAGAAUUAUCAUCGUCCAACAAUGCGGUGCCAAAUAAAAGUGAUAUCAAUCCCAAAUCCAAUGUCAUAUCCACUACAAAUCCCACAGAUAAUGGCGGUGUUAUUGUAAAAGAGUGUAAAAAGGAACCUGUGGAGAACGGGACACCGCAGCCAGGUAAGACAGCCACAUUCGUAUCACCCUCGGACAGCCUUAAGUACCGUCCGCCAAAGAAGAUGCACCUGGCUAAUGCUGUUGCUGCGGCAGCCAAUCAGGCUAAUAACACCGUCAGUGUUAUCGCAUCUUGCUCAAGCUACAAUACUGUUACCGCUGGUAAUUCUACCGCCACAACAACAACUUCGACAGUAACAACGACUGUGGGCUCGAACCAAACUCAUUUGCAAUCACAUAUACCGCCACAUGCACAUAACGCAAACACAGUUAAUACUGCAGAAUUCUCUUGCCUCUCACCGAACGAGUCGAAGCUGUCACCCAAUGUGACCGGUACUGGACAGCCGCGUCGUCGACGAACGCGUUGUAAAGUGUGUGCUGCUUGUCAACGUUCCGAUUGUGGUGAGUGCAGCUUCUGUUUGGAUAUGGUGAAAUUCGGCGGUCCAGGGCGCGCUAAGCAGACUUGCAUGAUGCGUCAGUGUCUGUCACCGAUGUUACCGGUGACAGCGCAAUGUUUUGUUUGUCAUUUGGAUGGUUGGCGUCAAGUACCCGUGUCGCCUCAAACUAAACAGUUAGCAUCGCUAGAAGGACCGUCAUCGCUAAUGGAAUGUUCAGUGUGUUAUGAGAUUGCGCAUCCUGAUUGUGCGCUGUCGCUGUUGGAUGGCACCGAAGAUGCGGCAGAUGCUAAGGGUAUAAUGAAUGAGGACUUGCCAAAUAGUUGGGAAUGUCCGAGCUGUUGUCGAUCGGGAAAAAAUAAUGACUACAAGCCUCGUCACUUUCGAGCACGUCAAAAGUCUUCGGAGGUUCGGCGCACUUCAGUGGGAGGUUCAAAUAUCGUUGCAGUCGGGCACGAUCACGACAGCAAUCAGUUGCCACCGCCCAUUGGACAAUAUAAUGAUUUUGUUUUCACAAGUGAAUCGGAAAUGGAGUCUUGUACAGCAAACGCUGUACAUUGGAAGCAUGGUGGCAAGCGGCAUCACCACCACAUUGAAGUGAAGACUGAGCGUAGCUAUGAUACCUCUUCGCCGGGUAUCUCGCCCAACGCAACUAGCGAUCGCAUAAAGAGGCGUAAGAGUGAUGACGGAUUGAGCUUGUGUAGCAGUAUGCAGGACAGUAUUGAUGCGGGAGCAUCCAUGGAUUGCCAUGUGGGCGCCGGCAACGGUGGUAUUAGCGGCGGCAAUGGCACACAAAUGUCGCGGAAAAAAAAUUCAAUACGUUCACAGUUGGCUCAACAAAUGCUCAAUUCAUCAACGAGAGUACUUAAGAAACCUCAAUAUGUGGUACGUCCCGCUGGUCACUUAUCGUCCAGUGGAAGCGGCUUAACUGGUAGUCACAUUAGUGUCGCAAAUUUGGCCCUCGAUCCAACAUUACUUAAAAUCAUCUUUCGCUAUUUGCCUCAAGAGACCCUAGUCACCUGCUGUUCGGUUUGUAAAGUAUGGUCGAAUGUGUCCGUAGAUCCUGAUCUCUGGAAAACAAUGAAUUGUGCUGAGCACAAGUUGUCUGCUUCACUACUUACGGCGAUUGUGCGUCGUCAACCGGAGCACUUAAUAUUAGACUGGACUCAAAUUGCCAAAAGGCAGCUAGCCUGGGUAAUUGCACGCCUACCGGCACUAAAACAUCUCUCGCUGCAGAAUUGUCCAAUACAGGCGGUGCUGGCUCUGCACACUUGCCUCUGCCCGCCAUUACAAAUACUAGAUAUGAGCUUUGUGCGUGGUCUUAACGAUGCCGCCAUUCGGGAUAUACUGUCGCCUCCCAAGGACUCACGACCCGGCUUAGCAGAUUCGAAGACACGACUUCGAGAUCUUAAAACUCUAAAAUUGGCUGGAACAGAUAUAACCGAUGUGGCACUGCGCUACAUAACGCAAGCUUUGCCGAAUCUUGUGAAUCUGGAUCUCUCAUCAUGUCAGCGUGUAACAGAUGCCGGAGUGGCACAAAUUGGAACGUCACCAACGGCCAUCGCAAAAUUGGUGGAAUUGAAUUUGAGCUCUUGUCGACUGGUUUCUGAAUUUUCAUUGGAACACUUAGCUAAAUGCGAACAAUUGAUUUGGUUGGAUUUGCGGCAUGUACCGUUAGUACCAACACAAGCAGUGAUAAAAUUUGCAGCCGAAUCUAAGCACGAUCUCUGUGUGAAAGAUGUAAAGCUGGUGGAAAAGCGGCGACCGCAGAAAACGACGCAACCAACAACGGCAUCGAGUUUAGGGGGAAUGGGUUCAGUGAGCAGUUGGAAUGACUGAAUGAUUGUAUGGGUGGAUUGUAAUUAGAUUUUAUGAAGUGCAGUGAGGGUACAAAAUGUUCAAUGUAAAUAUUUAAGUGAAUGGCGAGCAUAUUAAUUAUCUUCAUAUAAGUAAGCAACUAGACUGUAAAAGAUUUUUAGCAAGUCCAAAAUGGUGUCUGAAAGAAUGUAAUUUGCAAAAAUCAAGCAUGAAAUAAUAAUAAUCUCAUACACGAAUCGUAGGUUAUUGCUGUUGUGGCAGCCUAGUCCCCAUCGCAAGUGGCUAUAUUUGUAGUAGCUUACCAAGACCAAUUGGCAUCGUCGCUGGCGUCUGGUUCAAUAAACGCACUGUUUGCCCUUGGUCAGACCAAAUGACUUAUUAAGUGGUGCCAUACGGCUUUCAGUCGAAAAGGAACAUAUUUUGCGUAUGUUGAUGUUAAUCCUGGAUAGAUAGGAGUUUAAGCUGCAACAAUAUCCAAAAUUCAAUUCUGAAAGCAAAUGCAGGUCUUAUGAGCUAGCUAAAGAUCUUCGUCGCAAUAAGGUGUGAUUGAUUGUUGUAAGUUUUAGCCUUACUAAGACCUGUCUAGGUGGGUGUUCCACUAAAUGCUAUUGACUGAGGUUAACUAACGAUAGAUCAUACCAUUUCGAUGGGUUCGGGCCAAAGGGAGAAAAUAUUAGAUGAGUUGAAGCAUGUGAAGAGAUAGUUAGUGUCGUGAGGGAUAUAUUUUUCUUCUCUUCACUUCUUGGAUAUAUGUUUUAUAUAUCGGGGAGCAAUCAGGAUGAGUAGUAGUUCAACGUGCUACCAUAUCCAGAUCAUAAUUGAGCCGGCGAAUGUGAUUGUGUUUUGCUCCUUUUGGAAUGAUUUUGGGGGAAAUGUCAGGAGACAAAUGUCGCCGGCUUAAUUAACGCAGUGUAGUUUAAGCCAGCCGCCGUAGCCGAAUGGUUGGAGCGUGACUACCAGAAAAAGAUAGUUAUAAUAACGAUUGCCCCUCGGGCAAUGACUAACCUCCGACUAACCAUGAAAAUGCUAGGAUAGACUCGCCAAUCGCUGUUUCAUUUAUAUUAGUGUUAUUUGGUGUGCCAUCAACUUUGAUAUUAUGCUCAAGCUUGAACUCCUUUGUCCCCCAUUUCAUAGUGGGGAGUGUAAGGUUUGUUGCAGUACAGAACGGAAGGAACAAAAAUAAAACCAUUUGCUUUUAAAUAGAAAGCGUGAAUAUCAUUACCGAACACUCAAUCGCAUAUUCCAAUAGAGAAAUCUCCUCCAGUAGCGUUGUGUGUAUCCUAAAUUAAGUACCAAAAGCCUUCGAUAAGUUUAAGGCAGCUAUGCUUUAGGCCACGAUUUAUCGUUAUAUUUAUGCUAUCGAGUAAUAUCGUUGUUGUUGUUGUAGCAGCAUAAACAUUCCCCAUACUUACAUACGGGGAAUGCUGCUGGAGUGACAGUCCUUGGCCGGAUAUAAAUCCGGGUCGUUUCGGUAACGUAGAACCGACUGUCGUGGAAACGCGAGUAAUAUCGUCGUAUUGUUUACUUAAUGGAAGUCAUGGUGAUGCGUUCCCCAACUACAAAAUAAUUCAGGUUUUUUGCUAUUACGGGCAAUAGUUUCAGCGAUCUAACUUUUUAGUCCUGAGCGCUUGCACCCACUCCGCAUGUUCAAACUGCAUACGUGUACUUGACGUGGCAUACAUGGCUUAGCAAGUACUGUUGCUGCAGUGCUGCUACAGCAAUAACUAUGUAUUUUUACCAUAAAGAAAAAAUGCUUUACACAUAUACAUAUAUAAAGUUUUGAAUGUCUACCUAAGCAGCCAAAAUUUACACCGAACUUAGGUAAACCAACCCCAUUCUCCUAUCUUUAUUUUUUAGUUAAAUUCACAUCUAGGUUUCUGAAUUUCAUUAAAUAAUUUAAUUGAAAUAUACCAGAUUCUCACGUUUUUCUACUUCGAAAUCAAAGCACAUAAGUCUAAUUUUAAAAACCCACUUCUUCAAUAAUAUGUUUAAGUCACUAUAAAAUAUUUACUCCUUAACCUUACCAAUUUUUCACGAAACAGAAUAUCAGGGAUGAGUUAAAGUUAAAUAUAAUAACCAAAGAUAUGUUUGUUCCAUUACAACAACCUUCAGCUAUCAACAACACAUCAUCAUAUGCAUUAUCUUAAUUUCAUUAACCAUAAUCUCCCACCACUGUCUAUUCAAUGAAUACUGCAGCCCAAGUGUCAACAGCAAGGACGAAAUAUAUUUUAAAGAGCACUAAAAGACGUCAGAUGGAAAUGCAAAUAUACAUAUGUGUGUGAACGUGUAAGCUUUUCCGCAUAGCUUUUAAGAAAUUGUAUAUGCAGUACAUAAUAAAAAUUAAGCCAGGGUAUCUACGUACGAUUAAAAUAAAACAAAUGAAAAAAUACUGCAAUUGAAAACACAUAAACGGCAUAAUGUGUCAUAUUAGACAUAUUUUUGUUUUAAAAAAUGUAUGUACAUAUGUGCGUGCAAAUGCAGUAAUAAAAGCAGUAGUGUGGAAAUAAUUAAAUCGAUUUGUUUGGAAACUCAAUUGCGUAUGUAUGUAUAUGUAGGUAUAGUUGUAGUUUUAAGCUUUUAUAAAAACAAAAAAUACUAUUAAAAAAAAUUCACUUAAAUCUUAUAAUAGUUAUAGCACAUUGUAUAUGUAUAUACAAUAAUGUAAUAUAUAAAAAUGCAAAUAUAAGUCAUGCAUGCAAUUAUGCGUACAACCAUACAUAUGUACAUAUAAGGCCCGCGUAAAUAACUAAAUCAAUGUUAAACCGAAUGAUUGUGACACAAAAAAUAACUGCAACAUUUAAUUAUAUAAACACAUUUAAUCUUAUACUUACUUGCAUAUGUAUUAAAUAGUAAACUAUGCUAUUCGACAAAUUGUACAUUCAGACACAACGAUGUUAUAUUAUUAAGCACUUAAUGAUUUCAUGCAAAUGGUUGUCGGCAUAUUGUUUUAACGAUAACGAUAUGUCAUUAAUUUGCCGCACAAAAUUGGUUAAUUCUAGGCAGUAACAAUACCUACUAAUGUACGCAUAUGCACUCCAAUCAUUCAAGAGUUUGAGUUUUAAGUACUUUGUACUUGAUUUAAAUGCAACAAACAACAAAUACAAUACGUCAUUUAAAACAAAA